AUGGAGGUAUGCCAUAUUUUUUUAAAGCAUGGAUAUAACGGCAAAUCUGAAGUCGAGAUUAUCGAUGAUAUAUCAGCAUGCUUGGAAGAAUCCGGCAUUAAUUUUAAUUUAACACACCGGCAAGAUAUAUUAAAACAUACAAUUAAAAAUUUAAUAAAAAAAUGGGCACAAAAAUGGAGAGAUUCAAGUUAUUCUUGGGCAAAAUUUACACAAAAUAAUGCAUCCUGGUUAGCAGAAAAACUUUUUACUGACACUCAUGAAUUGUUUGAUGUUCCUGAGCCAGUUGCACCUGGCCCUUCAAAAAAAAAAUGUUUUUCAGAUUUAUCUGCAUCUCAGCAAGAACGAAAUACUAAAGAUAUAAGAGAUAAUUACUGUUCAGAAGCUCUGACUUACGCAGCGAUAUCUGUUCUCAGAAAAGAACAAAAACCUGAUUUGGCAAAAGCUGUUACUAUUGCUGUGAAAUCUCCAGAGAAAGUACUUUCGGUUCCUAGUCAAAAGUUACCCAAACCUUUUUCCCCUAAUGAAGCAAUAGCUUUGUUUAUUAUAAAUGGAAAACAAACAAAAGCGCAGUAUCAAAAUAUGCGGGCUGCCACAAUUUGGAAAGACAAUUUUACAGAAAUUGAAGCGAAGGUAUCACUCCAAAAUCUCGUAGACAUAACUGUCGAACAAAUUUUGGUACAUAUCUCUGAUUUAAACCACCCAUGUGAUAUCGUUUCAAUAUACAAAUGGGGUAUGGAUGGUAGCAGUGGUCAUCCAGAAUUUAAACAAAGAUUUAUUGAUUCAAAUAGUACAGAUUCAACUGUAUUUUGCACGAAUUUGGUACCCCUUUUACUGAAAACUGGAGACUCAGUUAUCUGGAAAAAUGAAAGUCCAAGUUCUUCCAGUUUGUGCAGGCCAAUUAGAAUAGCUUUUUGCAAGGAAGACACUGCUUCCACUCAAAAAGAGUAUUCAAGAGUAAUGAAAGAAAUUGAUGAAUUAGCAAACACUACAAUUAGACUAAACAAUUCUGUUGAAGUUACUGUACAACACGAAUUCCUUUUUACUAUGGUGGAUGGAAAAAUAAUAAAUGCAAUAAGCGAAAAUAAGGCGACUUCGAGAUGUCCUGUUUGUCUUGCUGGUCCAAAAUCUUUAAACGAGAUACCAAAGGAGAAUACUACUAAGGAUGUAUUCAAAUUUGGGAUAUCUCCACUUCAUGCCAAAAUUAACUGUAUGGAGUUUUUACUAAGAUGUAGUUAUAAGACAAUUUCACCAGAAGCCUACAAAAAAUAUGCCUUUGAAACUGCGGAGCUUUUCCUUAACAUAUAUCCACAAUUUAAGUUUUCCCCAACAGUACAUAAAAUUCUCUACCAUGGACACGAAUACCUGGAAAAGUUUCCUUCCAUUCCAUUAGGUGCCCUUAGUGAAGAGCGUCAGGAAGCCCGAAAUAAGGACUUCAAGAAAUUUAGGACAGAUUUUUCACGGAAAAUAUCUCGUAAGGCUAAUUUGCAAGAUGUUUUUAAUAGAUUAAUGUUGACUUCAGAUCCUCUAUUUUUUCACAUUUAUCAAACAUUUCAAAAAUCAAAGCUUUCGAAGAAAACAGAAAAAGAACAUUUGCCCAUUGACUUACUAAAUAUUGAGGCCUGUAUCGUUAAUGACAUAAUGGCACAGGCAUAUGACUCCAGUUCGGAUGAGGAAUCGGAAGAAAUCGAUAGCAAUGCGGAUGAUGCAAAUGAUUCAGAGAAUGAGUUUGAAGAUAUUCUUUUAUGA